ACCUGUCCGGCGGAAGUUGUGUUGACGGGCUCGUCACAAAAGAAAUGGCGAGCGGUAUCGGCAAACACAAGAUACUGAAUGUGGGACCCACAGAGCCAUGGUCGGUCAGGGAGAAGCUGUGCCUGGCCUCCUCUGUUAUGAGGAGUGGCGACCAAAACUGGGUAUCUGUAAGUAGAGCCAUCAAGCCUUUCUCAGAACCUGGUCGUCCACCUGACUGGUUCUCACAGAAGCACUGUGCCUCACAAUACUCCGAGCUGCUGGAAGCCACAGAAGCACCUAAGCGUAAGCGUGGUGAGAAGGGUGAGGUGGUUGAAACCAUUGAAGAUGUCAUCGUUCGUAGGCUCACCACAGAGCGGAUAGAGGAACUGAAAAAACUACUGCGGGACACACAAGAACAGUACAGGAAGUUGAAAAAGGAGGUGGAUCUGAUACAGACGGGUCACAUGGACUCCCAGCUGAAGGAGCUGUGGGCAGAGAUCACACUAAAGAAGAAGCAGGAUGAGGAGGAAGCAGAACAGAAGAGGAAAGCCACAGAGACAGCGUACCAAGCUCGUCAGGCGGUGAAAAACACACCUAAACGUCUGCCCAGUGUUACUGUACGCUCUCCCUUGGGUGCCAGCCCCCCCACCGUGGACACUCAGGCUGACUCUUCGGUCCCCACGCCGCCUAUGGAUACAGGAGGUGUUGCCUCCGAUGACACCACCACCACCACCACAACCACCACCACCACACACUCAGUUGCCCAGGGGGUCGGAGUGUUUCUACCAGCGACUGAUGCUCCAGGCCCAGGGCCCAAAGAUGGAGGCCUUGCUGCUCUAGUAGAUGACUCAUCACAAAAGAGGCUCCUAGCCCAGAAGGCCACACCGCCGCCCUCACCUCUCCUGUCAGAACUGCUGAAAAAAGGCAACCUCAUCUCAGCCAGCCCCCGCCUGGUUGGGGAGGGAGACUCUACUGGAAGCCUCACCAAUGGAGUGCAAACAGCCACCGCAGUCACCGCCUUACCACCUGGUCAUGAGGUCAUCACAGAGGGAGAAGCAGAAGCUGCAGUGAAGCCAGAGCUCGAAGAGGAAACAGGAUUAGUAGAAGAGGACCUUGUAGCUGUAUCUUACAUGGGUGACGAAUUGGAUCUGGAAACAGUAGGAGACAUCAUUGCCAUCAUAGAGGAGAAGGUCGAUGACUCUGUGGAAGCCUUGGACGCAGCAGCAGUGGAAGCAGCUCUCUCUCUGUGUGAAGAGGCCGUCUCAGAGGGACACACCCUCCCUGGCCCCUGGGAGACCCAGGAGUUGAAGUCUUCAGACCCAGCACCCACAGUCCAAAACACGGAUUCCACACAGGAGCCUCAGAAUGUGACUGCAAUGUCCGCUAUGAUCCCAGCAGGCAUAGACACCCAGAAUCAACCAGAAAAUAAAAGAGAAGAACAGCUUAAGGGAAACUGUGAGGGACCUGAGGUAGGAAGUGAUAUCAUCUCCUCUGUCACCUCUGACGACGGUGCAACAGGAAGUGAGGUUACAGAGGAGGGGGCGGCAGGGAAGGAGACCACUGAAGCAACUGUCAAGAGUGAAGGAGAGGAAUGGAGCCAGCCGGAGCCUAACCCACCUUGCCUAGACUCUGAGGACAGCUCUGUGUCUGGGAAAGAGUCCAAGGAGGUGAAGGAGGAGGAGGCGGGGAGUGAGGGUGACCCAGAAGAAGGGAUGGAGUUGAAGGAGGAGUGCGGGGAGGGGGAGGGUCCCUAUCUGUCGGAGGUGGAGCGGGCAGCCAGCGAGAGUGAAGAUGGUUACGGCCCGCCGUCCCAACGCUACACAGCUGAUUCACUGGCCAGCAGCCCGGCCUCUUCUUCCCAGCUAUCUACAUGUGGUGAGGACCAGGAGGCAGUCCAGGCCCAGAAGAUCUGGAAAAAAGCCAUAAUGCUGGUGUGGAGAGCUGCAGCCAACCACAGGUAUGCCAGCGUCUUCCUGCAGCCUGUGUCAGAUGACAUCGCCCCUGGUUACCACAGCAUUGUACACAGACCCAUGGACCUGUCGGCCAUUAAGAAGAACAUUGAGUCCGGUGUGAUCCGUACAACAGCUGAGUUCCAGCGCGACAUCAUGCUGAUGUUUCAGAAUGCCGUCAUGUACAACUCGUCGGACCAUGACGUGUACCACAUGGCGUUGGAGAUGCAGCGGGACGUCCUGGAGCACGUCCAGCAGUUCUUGGCCACCCAACUCAUCAUGCAGACCUCAGAGAGCGCCAUCUCCGCCAAGAGCCUCCGCGGCAGGGAGGGAAAUCGUAAGCCUGGGGAGCCGGCUGAGAAGGACAGUGUCCCAAUGGCCUCUCCUGCUUUCCUUCUCUCUCUCUUUGACGGAGGCACCAGGGGUCGUCGUAGUGCCAUGGAGGCCGACCUCAAAAUGAAGAAAUAGACUGAGAUAUCAGAGAACGAGACACUUUGAGAUACAGAGAGCCACUCUUGGAAUCGGAGGUGGUGGAGCUAAAUACUUACUGGUCACCUUGGUUGUUUAAUGAAGAGGACUGUGCAGUCUCUGUGUGCCUGGUGUAUGUGUGUGUAUGUGUGUGUGUGUGUGUGUAUACAUACGCACUUAUUCAUCCGUGCAGUGCCGUAGACGAAGGGUAUAUAUGUGAAUGGGUGUGUCUGUCUGUGUGAGAGAGAGCUGCAUCAAGCUUCCUCUUCUUCAGUUCAUAUGAUUGGUUAAUGUGCAGCGCCAUGGGGAUUUCACUCCAGGCCAAACAAGCCAUGGCACCACUUACCCCAAGUAUAAUUUCACCAGCGACGGUUCAUCAUUUCCCUCUGCAGAGGAGGAGGAGGAGGAGGAGGAGGAGGAGCGGCGAAGGGAAAGAAAACUCUGUCACCAGCAAACAUUAGUUUGGGACCUGAAUAAUUUAGUGCAGGAUGAGUCCUGUUUGUCAGAUUUGAUCAUGUUGAAUCACGGAUGCAUUAAUACUGGUACUGCAUGUGAAAUGCAACCAAGAUACUGAAUCUAUAUCAGUUUGAUCACUGCUAUAAUAUGAUCCACAUAAAAGCUAUUAGGAAUCUUAACAACUGGAGUUUUUUGCCUUUUCUGAUAAAUGUAACAGACGAUGGCUGUCUUCAUUAAGAAAAGCUGAUGACGUCACCGUCUGCUUUGCUUAGUCACGGGUUUGAAUGCUCCCGUGUUGUCCAUGUUUCAGCCCAUUAACUGCAAAUUGCAUUUACAUUUCUGCUGACUGUUUUCCAAAGAACACGUUUAUAGAUUAACUACCCACCUUUAAGCAGCCCUCAGCUUCCAUAAAAACCCAUAAUCCAUAAACUAGAAAUCAAUCUAAUAACUAGCUGCGAUGUGAAAGUUGCUGGAGAGCUGUAACCCAUCGCUGUAAACAAUAUGGUGCCUUUUUGUUAAAGUCACAUCAACAUCGUGGUACUGAAGUGAGCAGGAACCCUUUUCUAAGUCUAUUAGGUGUUGCAUUCAAGUGCACAAGGCGUCAAAAGUCAGAAUAACUAUCAUGGAAGAGGGUUUUUUUUAGCAUUUAUAAGGUUGCUUCUACAUCUCAGAUGUCAGUGUCUUUGAAAUCACCAACAGAGCUUAGGAAACAAUUCCUGCACAUAAUGAUUAUAUAACUUGGACGGAAAAACAGUGAGUCAACAAAUUAUUCGCUUGAUUAAUUACCUUAACUUCAAAUACCCGCCACAGCUCAUUUUUAUGUCUUAGUGAAUUGAAUGUAAAUCAGUAGCGGCCUUUGAAGGUUAGAGAAUCAGAAACUGCUCUAAUAACUAAUCAAUACAGUUUAAUCUGUAAAAUAGUUGGCAGUAAUGUCAUGCUUUGGUUUUAAUGGGCUGAAAUAAAGUAUGUGGAGAUUGGUGUUGCUGAAAUAGUAUUGAUGCAUCCCUACUCAUCACUGUAGCGCGUGUGUGUGUGUGCGUGUGUGUGUGCGUGCGUGCGUGUGUGCGUGCGUGUGUGUGCGCUAUGUAAAUGGAAUAAGAAACGUGUUUGUGUAAUGUGUGUUAGAUGGGUGUACAAAAACAAGUUUUGUACUUGUGAGAUGGAUUAUGUAGAGUUUUGUGUUUGGGUAGCUGAUACAUGUAUCAUGUGUUCUGUUGUACAUUUGUUAAAUAAAAAAAAAAAGAUUAUUUGAUCUAAAACUGAAAUAA